UAUCAUUAACUGUUCGUACUGACAUCGUUCAGGCCAACAUAACGUGUUGAGGGAAUGACUCAAUGUUUAUUACGGCACAUAAUAACAUAAAUAAACAUACGUAAACUAAGAAAAGAAAUUAAACUGAUAAGACAAGAGAAGGAACUAUGGUUAGAGGAAAUUCAUAUGAACUGAAUGGUCUUGAAACAACGAUGAAUUGGACAAUCACUGACUCUUUGACCAAGAGCCAGGUCAAGUACCGGUCAGGCAGUAGCCGCGUGCUCGUGUUCCUCGUGGUGUUGUUUGCACUGACCACGGUGGCAUUGGCAGUUGUGGUAGCAGUGACCGUGCUGAAGGUCAAGGACAAAGAGACUCCAGUUCCUGUCGCUACGCAACCACCAGCACCAGUGGAAAGCUCCACAAUAAUUGCGGAGCCAGAAGUAUGCCUUACAGAGGGCUGCGUUAUGGCAGCCGCCAGGGUGCGUGGCGCCAUGGAUACUAAGGUGAACCCAUGCGAUGACUUUUUCAACUUCGCGUGUGGUACGUGGAUUCAAAAGCACGUUAUCCCAGAGGACAAGAGUUCGUUUGGCACUUUCACCCAACUCCGUGAUGACGUUGAUAUCAUAGUAAAAGGUGUUCUUGAUGUUGCCGACAAGCACGACGACCCGGAAGUGGUUACAAAGGCAAGGAAGUACUACAAGGCAUGUGUAGACGAAAAGAAAAUUGAAGACUUGGGUCUAACCUAUAUCCAAUCUUAUAUGACGGCACUUGGCGGAUUCCCAGUCCUUGCUUCGAAACCUGGAGGCAACUGGGUUUCAGCUGGGUUCGACUGGGUGAAUCUUUUGGUGAGGACUAGAAAUGGAACAAAUAGCUUGCCUCUGAUAGACGUAGGUGUGACGCAGGAUGACAAGAACCCAUCGAAAUAUAUCCUCUACGUAGAUCAACCCGACCUUGGUAUGCCGAGCAGGGACUACUAUCUCAAGGAGCGCAAUUCCACCGACCUGAUGGCCUACCAGACCAUGUUGGAAGAGAUUGCUGUAGCUCUGGGCGCUGAUCAAAGGAAGGCUAGUGAAGCUGCAAAGCAAGUGGUUGAUCUGGAGAUUGAUUUAGCAAAUAUUACAGUGCGCAAGGAAGACAGGCGGGACCCUGAAAAGCUGUACAAUAAAAUGACCAUCACCGACUUGGCGUCACAGUUUCCAGGAGUUGCCUGGCAAAGACUUAUAACUGGCAUUUUUAAUCACGUUGGCAUGACGAUAGGUGGGAACGAACCUGUUAUUGCUAUAGCUCCACCAUUUCUUUCCAAGUUUGGAAAAAUGCUCAGCAGAUAUACCGCAGAGACGCUGGCAAACUAUGUUGUUUGGCAGAGGGUCGUUGGAAAAACAGCGUUUCUCCCACAAAAAUUUAAGGAAAUCCGUCUGAAGUACAGUAAGGUGAUUUACGGGACAGCCUCCGUACCCGCCCGCUGGCAGACAUGCGCCUCCACUGUGACCGACGCCAUGCCGGAAGUGGUCGGUCGGCUGUUUGUGGAAACGGCCUUCAAGGAGGACGCCAAGAGAGAUGUAUUGGAUCUUGUAGACAAGCUACGUGAAGCGUUCAAAGAAAUGAUUGACCACCUCGACUGGAUGAGCUACAUCACCAAACAGAUUGCAAAGGAAAAAGCCAAUUACAUAGACCCGCGAAUCGGUUACCAAGAUCUUGUGUACAAAAACAACGACUUGAAUAAUUUGUAUGAAAAUGUGACUGUAGACGAGAACGACCCCCUGAAGACUCUAGUCAGUAUUGGAGAGGCCUCGGUUAUACGCAAACUUCUGCAGCUGAGAAAGGACUACGACAAAUCAGAGUGGCACAUGUCCCCAGCAACUGUGAAUGCCUAUUAUGCGCCAAAUCUCAACUCCAUAACAUUCCCGGCUGCAAUUCUCCAACCUCCGUUUUAUUCAAAAGACCAACCAGCCUAUUUGAACUAUGGAGGAAUUGGGUACGUCAUCGGUCACGAGAUUACGCACGGUUUUGACGAUCAAGGUCGUAAGUAUGACAAAGAGGGAAAUCUUAAGUCCUGGUGGACAACGGAUGACGGCACGAAGUUUGUGGAACGUGCUCAGUGCAUCAUAGAUCAGUACAACGGCUUCGUGGUGCCAGGAACAGGCAAUAUGACUAUAAAUGGUAUCAACACCCUUGGCGAAAACAUAGCGGAUAAUGGUGGCAUAAAAGAAAGCUUCAAUGCUUACCGGAAGUGGGUGAACAAUGCAAGAGGAGGCAAGGAGGAGCCCAAACUGCCUGGUCUGCCUUACACACCGAACCAGCUGUACUUUCUCAACGCUGCACAGGUCUGGUGUGGAAGUAUGAGAGAUCAAGCAAAGGUGGAGCGUAUUCGUACCGACCCACAUAGCAUAUCGGAGUACAGAGUAUACGGUCCUAUGCAGAACUACGAUGAGUUCUCCAAGGCAUGGAACUGCCCUGCAGGAUCCUUCAUGAACAGUAGGCGCAAGUGCUCCGUCUGGUAGAAACAAGAGCGGUGAAGUGGUACGUGUUUGUGAUGUGAAACUUCUACUCCAGAUGUGUGACAUUUAAUAUUUUCAAAACUGAUCCUGAACCAUUUGUUUUACAUUUUUGUAUUUUUUGGUACUAUUUUGAAUAGCUUUUGCUCAUAUUUUACUGGUUUUUGUUCUUAGUUAUUUUUAUACAAACUAGUUAUAUUAGUAGUUAUAUAUAUUUGUGAGCAUUUUUUAUAGAUGCUGCGUUGUUUUCUGUAGGAAAGAAAGUGUUUCCAAUCUUUUGAUCUGACAGCCCUCGCGUGAAAUACAUCAAUAAAUAUUUAAAAACUACGCGGAUAAAACGUGUAAAGCGUUUUGUGUUUUGUUUGGAAAGUCAUAUUUGUCUUCAUGCAUUAAAGCUGAUAUGUCGCAGAUUGGGAAAAUAAAACGAAUAAAAUAUGGUGUUUUAAGUUAAUGGAUACAAGAUACUAAACAAUAGAAAUGCUUGAUAUAGCAUUGUUUAAACAGCAUCAACGUUCAAAAAUCCCUGAUUUAGUCAUGUCAACUAGUGCUUUCAUGACAAUGUCAAAAGCGGUUCAUAACGCUUUAAGCUAUUUAAAAUCGGAUAGUUAUGUUCAAUUACCAGUUCAAUUACCAUGACGGCAAAACUAACAAGUCAACUUCACUUCAGAAGAAUAGACGCCUUGAUGUUUAUGCUAUUGAUGACGUUACUGUGUAAUACGAGUCUAAAGUUCAUUGAUUAUUGAAUAUAGAUGUCAAUCUC